UGUUGUCCUGCUGUCUGUCUGUCCGCAGAGCUUUCUGGAUCCAACACAGCAGGACACACCGGAGUAGUUAACGUUAGGUAACGGCCUGAUUUAAGGCUCGGUCUCCUGCUGUAAUUACCGUACAAACAAAGUAAACUAACAGCUCGUUGAAACCGGAGCGGCGUUGAAAACGGGAGCGGAGCGGCGGAGCUGCAUCUGCCCGCAGAUCAGUGAGGUUAGCCGGGAUCGAGCUAACAGGCGGAGGAGACCGUCGGUUUGGUGUGUUUUUAACUUCUCACGGCUCCAAACUGCGAGAGGACUAAAAGAAACUUUUGUCGACAAACCUGGGGAGUGUGAGCAUGUGGUUGGAGCCACGGGCGUUGUAGGAUGAAGAGCCCGGCGCACCGCACCAGGGACAUCGAGAGGCAAGCUGGCUACCUGAAGCCCGAGCACUGCGCCCCUCCCCCUCCACGCACCGGCUCCGACACCAUGUGGUUCAUCCGCGACGGCUGCGGCAUCGUGUGUGGCGUCAUCACCUGGUUCCUGGUCUUCUACGCCGAGUUUGUGGUGGUGUUCGUCAUGCUGCUGCCCGCCAAGAACGUCAUCUACAGCCUCUUCAACGGGGUGAUCUUCAACGGCCUCGCUUUCCUCGCCCUCGCCUCUCAUGCAAAGGCGAUGUGCACAGACCCGGGAGCCGUGCCUAAAGGGAACGCUACCAAAGAAUUCAUCGAGAGCCUGCAGCUCAAACCGGGACAGGUGGUGUACAAAUGUCCCAAGUGCUGCAGCAUCAAGCCUGACAGAGCUCACCACUGCAGUGUGUGUAAACGCUGCAUCAAAAAGAUGGACCACCACUGUCCCUGGGUGAACAACUGUGUCGGAGAGAACAACCAGAAAUACUUUGUGCUCUUCACGAUGUAUAUUGCACUAAUAUCCCUCCAUGCAUUAAUUUUGGUGGCCUUCCAUUUUAUUUUCUGCUUUGAAGAAGACUGGGCAAAGUGCAGUAACUUCUCUCCACCAGCAACCGUCAUCCUUCUCAUCCUCCUCUGCUUCGAGGGUCUCCUCUUUCUGAUCUUCACCGCAGUCAUGUUUGGGACUCAGGUCCACUCCAUCUGCACCGACGAGACGGGCAUCGAGCAGCUGAAGAAGGAGGAGCGGCGAUGGGCCAAAAAGUCAAAGUGGAUGAACAUGAAAGUGGUGUUUGGUCACCCUUUCUCUAUAGCCUGGCUGAGCCCCUUUUCAGCACCCGACCACGGCAAGGCAGACUUGUACCAGUACAUUGUGUGAAAGCUGGAAGCUGAGCUCUGCUGCUGUGGACUUCCUGUUCUCCCCUCUGACUGGCUGGACCUAAACGAGCAUGAACUCCUUUUAGCCACAUUGUCUUUCGUUUAUGGAUCUUACAUUUAUCGAUAUUUCAGGGUGUUCCGUUGUUCGCUACAUUGUCAAAAUGUUUAUUUUUUAAAGACCUUCACCCUCUUUGUUAUUUUUAUUGUUUCACUCUGGGUGCUGACUGAGAUUAUUAAGCUGUACAAAAAAACAAACCAAACUAAGCAGCAACAACUUGACAAGAAGCACUUAAUGAGAGUUGGCAAAACAGCACAGAGAGACUUCCUCCAGUACGUCUGAUCAUUUCCUGCUUCCGAGACUAAAUAAUGUGAAACUGAAGUCCAGAAAGUUUCCGAAGUCCAGGUGCCAAGGUGGACUCCUGGUUUUGUCUUCCUGUAAACAUUGUUGUGAUCUUGUGACUUCUUUUGCUGUAUUCCUGUUGUUGCAAUAGUCUUAUGCUGAGUGCGGCGGAUGAUUUGCCUUAGAACAGUGCGUUAGUUAACGGUGGCAUCAGCUAUUUUAAAAGACAUUUAUUUUGUUUUGCCUUAAUGUGAAGGUCAGGGUGAAAAAAGAUCACAUUGGUUAAAUAAUCAUUUAAAUGAUUUAACUUUGUUGUUCUUUGUUGCCAGAUAGGUGGAGUAGUUCACGUUGUCUAAGAAAUGUGUUUUAAGACUAAGUUUUAUCAAAUUAUCUUUGGAUUUUGAAAGUCUGUACUGAACCCCAUCUAUCUGCUACCAAGAAAGCUAAAACCAAUCACAGAUAAAAACAGUUCAAAUAAAUGUUUUAUUUUGUCAUUUACACAGGCCAUUGGCCAAGUUCCUGCUCAGACUGAAGUAGGGUCACUGUGAAGGACAUUUAAAGGCUUUAAGACCGUGAGCAGCCUCAGCUGUAGUUAUAAUCCUUAAGAUUUCAGUCUUAGUUGACUUAGGGUUGGAAGAAAAAAAGCGUGAUUUUAAUACUAAAGCAAACGCCUGUUGAGCAGCUUCUUACUCCAAAAUACAACAGGAGAGCAACUGGUAAAUUUGUUAUAGUGCAGCCAAACAAACUAUAACCAGCUUCAAGUGGCCACUAGUGGAACUGCAGGUUUUACUUCAUCUUUCAGUUCCGGAUUUUGCCACUCAGUCCGUAAGCAACAGUGAUCUAAUUUCGUGCUUGGGACUGCUUGUAGUGCUAAUUAAUCAAUUGUAGAGGAAGAGCAGUGCAAUGAGAUGAUGAACUUAAAAGAGCAGUUGUUAAAACACGAUGGAAAUAUCAAAUAUUUGAUGAGGAGCAGAGCAGUCUCAUUUCUCCACACAGAUCUGAUGUCUUCAUAUCUUUAGUUGACAUUUCAUUAACAUGCUCAGCACGUUCUUACCGAAGAAGCGUCUAUAAAGGUCGACAGUGCAAGCAGCUCAUUACGACCCAUAUUGUAAGGUAGCGCCCUCUAGUGGCUUUAGUAAUCAUUGUGGGAGCAGAGGAGGGAGUGAUGUGAUGUGGUAUGAAAAGUAACAAAGUCAGUGUAAUGUUAUAUGAAGAUGGAAAAAAAUGGGCGGGAGAAGAAGGAGAUGGAUCAAACAAGCACAGGACUUUCUGCUUAGGAUGUUUUUAAAACUGCAACAGAAAGGACAGUAAUACAUGUCAUUGUGGGGAGGGUAUGUAUGAUAUUUUGGAAGUCAGUGGAAAAGGACUUGUUUUAUCAUUUAGGUAUGAGAGAACGUUGCACUUGCUUCAUGUACAUCAUUAUUUAUUGCCAAGUUGCUGUUUCUAUAGGCACUAUGCACUAAAAUAUGGAUGGAAACACUCUUAGUGAGGCUCAUAUCAAUGAGAUAAAGUUAAAAACACUAACAUUAUGAGUCCCUCAUGCCUGUGAAGGCAAUUUGAACGUAGUGGGGAAAUGGCGGACCCUGCCACUUAUAGAGGAAACCACUUUUUUGAAAAGUAAUAACUGACUUAAUUCACACCGAAUGACUGCUUACUCAUAAAAAUGCCAAUCAUAGAUGGCAUCAAAAAAUGGGGUUUGAAUUUAUGGAAAUCUCAAGGAUUAUAACUUAAAAAUGUGCCACUUGGCAGGUAAACAAAGUCUCUUGUCCAAGAGGCAGCACGGCUUGAGCAGUAUCAGUACCAGUUUUGGACUCCAGCAGGUUGUUUGUCCUUUUGUUGACUAUUUGGCCGCUCUGUGUGUAGUCAAGCUAGCCAGCCUUUUGCUUUAUAACCGUUUUAAUCACAGUCACCAGCUCAGACAGAAAGUCAGGGAAUAAAAGCAAUACACAUUGCUCUCUGAAUGCACUGACCCUAAGUGUAAUUCACUCGCUCUCAAUUGAUGGAAUUUGCUUGUGGAUAAUCCAGUUUGUCAUAGAUUGCAGUCGUGAGCCUGACCAGAGGGCGAAUAAAAAGCCUUACAGGAUAAAAUGUAGAUUAAAAUUUAGGUCAGUGGAAAAUGUUCACCGAGGCCUGAAAGACUGCGAUAGAAAUGCACAUUUUAAUUGUCGCAGCUGCGGACAGUCUUGGAUCACAUAGUGUGAAGAGAAUUUAUGUUUUGUGAUGAGAAUUUGGUGCAGAGAGGAAAUAGGCCACUUCAAAGCAUUUAACACUAAAAUGCCUUUGCUCAAAUGUGUUCGAAAGCCUUACUGUAUUUAUAACAUGCUUUCUGGGGUGAAGAAUGGACAUAUUUGAACAUACAUGUUGCCAAAUUUAAUGCUUAAUAAAGGGAGCCACUGAAGGAACCGUUUCAAGAUUCAA